AUGCUACAGAGGUGGAGUAUCGCUCUAGCCGCAUACAACUAUGACAUCCAACAUCGUCCAGGAAAGACAAUCUCGCAGGCUGAUUACCUCUCUCGCUACUCACGAUUUUCUGAAGCCGAACAGUGUCAUUUUAUCUCCCCAGCAUCACCAGUGUCUCGGAAAUCUUUACGCAAAUCUACCAAGCAGUACUACUCGGAGAUACUCUCAGCGAUCAAGAAAGGCUGGUCGCCAGAGGUAAAGAGAAAGUAUCCUCAAAUCUUUGCUCAUCGAGAGGAGUUGUCAGUACGAUCGGAUGGUGUAUUGUGUCGCGCCGAUCGAUUGGUAAUCCCACCGCCACUGCGGGAGACGGUACUAGAAGAAUUGCACAAAGGACAUAUGGGGGUGGAGAAGAUGAAACCAUUGGCUCGACAGAUGUGUUGGUGGCCGGAGUUGGACGCAGACAUUUACGUAACAGACAAUAACUCCAUGGUGGAAAUUACCGACUUGAAUGAUGCUACUGUGCACAAGCGACACGUGGACCCAAUCCACAUCAAACCAUCUCGGGACCAAUGGCAUCAAGAGAGAACUGAGGGAAACAAUCAAUUGCAUACCCCAUCAGUACAACCGACGGAGCCGCAUCGGUCAGAUGCACAGACAACCAAUCAAAACGCAAGGACACCACCAGGAAAAGGCGGAGCCAUCGACUGCAGUCCGCAAGUCUAG